AUGGCUGAGCUCGCCUUCGGCGCCGUCCGCUCCCUGCUGGGCCUCCUCCGGGAGGAGGCGCAGCAGUUGACACGCGUUGGCGACGACGUGCGCUUCAUCCAGGAGGAGAUGGAGAGCAUGGAGAGCUUCCUCCGGCACCUCGCCGAGACCACGCCCCCCAGCGGCGAGCACGGGCCACCGGUGCGCACGUGGAUGAAGCAGGUCCGGGACCUCGCCUUCGACUGCAGCAACUGCAUCGACCUCUACGUGCGCAAAGGCCGUGGGCAGCUGGUGGCCCACGACGGCGGCGGCGGCCGCCUCGUGGCCCUCCUGCGGUCGCUGUGGUCGACGUCGUUCCUGACCGCGUUGCUCGCCCAGCGCGACGCCGCUGCCCAGCUACGGCAGCUCAAGGUCCGGGCUCGCGAUGUCAGUGAACGUCGCCAGAGGUACGGCGUCGAGCUCCCUGGGAUGCCGGGAAGCGACGCCAAGCAGCUGGUGAAAUCAAUCAGCCAAGCCCUGAAGCAGCAGCCGGCGUUCUUCAUCCAACUGCCCAUGUCCGAGAAGACCGACAACAACACCGAUCCCGGAUCAGGAGGAACUGAGGAGGCGGUGUCAGUUGCCAUGGGCAACAGCAAGGAUGUCGGAUCCGGAGGAACAGAGGUGGCGAGGUUGUCCACUCAAACUGCGGGCGACGAUGAAGGAGGAGAUCAUGAAUGUAGAGCAAGGCCUAUCAAUAUCAUGGCGGUGAGCCAUGAUUUCAUGAGGUCAACUCUAGGGUUUUCCGAGCCUAACAUUCUGGAGGAGAACACCAAGAAGCUGGUCGAGUUGCUCACAGGCCACCCCAAGUAUGACAACCAUCAAGAAGAAGCUGCAGCUGCGAAACAAAAUAGGCCAUGGCAUCCUCUUGACAAUAUCAUCUUCAUUGCAGCUCCAGACAAGGAAGAUGGAGGUGGUCGGCAAGCACUCGGUGAUCCCGUCGUGAGUGCAGCGUUCAAGGUGACCUGGCUCCAGCUGGACUUUGGCCUUUUGUUUGCCUUGCUCAAUUUCUAUGAGCAAAUCCUGAAAAAAGGAGGCCUCUGGUUCAUGCUCCGUUUCUUGCUAGAUGAUCUGUUCCCAGACGAAGCCAGCAAGGACAUGGAGGAGAAAGACAACUGGGACGAAGCUAAGAUCGCCGAAGAGAUCAGUAGAAGGAAGGGGCUGAAAGGCGCGGCAUCACUUUUUGUCAUUGAAGGCAGUGCUGCCUCCGGGCGCUUGUGGGAUCUGAUAAAGGAGGCUUUGGGCAAAUUCGACUGCGCCCCUGGCAGUGCAGCCAUAGUGAUCGUCACUGACAUGGCCCAUGCCGACGAGCUUCGUCGAGAACGAGGCGUUGUCGCUAGUCAGCCACUUGUAAUCCACUCCCUUGUUGAGUACUGGUCUACCAAAGCACUGGCCGUGCUGGAUAGAAGCAGACUGAAAACGGACUACCUCCGGAGAAACAUGAGGAGCAUCUUACGCCAGAUCCAGGAAUGCUGCAAGCCGCAAGCCUUCUGCAUCAAGAUGUUUGUCCACUACCUGUGUGCCAACCCAAACAGGACCAAAGAAGAGCUGGACGAGCUGCUAGUCAGGACGCUGGUUUCCACGGGGAGUUUACCACCGGACGACAGUGAUGCCACCGAGAUUAGGGAAGCCAAUGGCAAGAUGCUGCUCAAGUUUUGCUACAACGACCUUCCAAGAGCCAACCAAAACUGCUUGCUGUACCUGGCAAUCUUCCCUCCCGGCAGAACAAUCUGGCGGUCGAGGCUCGUCAUGCGGUGGAUUGUUGAAGGUCUCAUCGCCGGAAGAGACAUGAGGCGAGCGGUGCUCCGAGCUGAGCGCUGCUUUGACACUCUCGUCAGCCGUUGGUUUGUUUGCCCUGCUGACAUUACUGAUGCAAGGGAGGUGAGGACCUGCACUAUACAGCACAAGCUAAUUCAGGGGCUCAUCAAUGACGGUGCCAAAGAAGAGCAGUUCCUGGACCCGCGCCUGUCGCGCCACUUGGCCCAGCACUUCUCUGUCCACAGCAACCUGCGACUCCGUCGAUCGGACACCAUCCAAGAUUUCAUGCUAAACCUUGUAAAGAAGGGCCGCAGAUCAAUGUUUUCUCCAGCGCAGCUCAACCUGAUCAAAGUCAUCGAUCUAGAAGAUUGCACAUACUUAAAGAACCCUGUUCCAAGAAAAGACUCCAAGAACAUGCGCCUGUACCUCAAGAACAUCUGCAGUAACAUGCUUCUGCUCAAGUAUCUCAGCAUACGGAACACGGAUGUUGACAAGUUGCCCAAGAAUAUCAACAACCUUCUGCAUCUAGAAAUAUUGGACAUCCGGCAAACCAGGGUGCCCUAUGAUGCCACAAAAGAUAUCAUGCUCCCGAAGCUCAAGUGUCUGUUGGCUGGUCACACACAGACUACAAGCACCAGGAUGGCUGACAAACACGUUCCCUCUGUCCAGAUUCCUAGAAAGAUCAGUGCAAUGCCAAACAUGGAGGUUCUGUCCCAUGUCAACGCUUCACAUGAUGCUGACGUGUUGAAACACAUUGGCCAUCUAUGGCAGCUAAGGAAACUUGGUGCAGUUAUUAAUGGCAAUCUGAAGGAUUGGCUCAAAGCGAUCGGUGAUCUGAAUGAAUGCCUCCAGUCUUUGUCAAUCCACAUCGAAAAACAAAGCUCCGGAGAUGUGGCCCAAGCUGCGGAAGAACAGCAUAUAAACCCAGAUACUUCAUUCCAUCUUGAGCUUCUUGAGAGACUAAGCAUCAGCGGCAGCACAAGCAGGGAGCUUCUUCCAUUGUUUUUCAAAGAUGACCGUCACAAACUCAUUGCCAAGGUAACUCUGCGUGAUACCUUGCUCGACCACAGCACUCUGGAGGAACACCUCAAAAAACUGUCAGGUCUGCAACGCAUCAAGCUUCGGUUCAAGUCAUAUACCCAGAGAGAGCUCACCUUCAACUCACAUGUGCUCCCAAAGCUUAAAUUUCUUAUCGUCGAGUGUAGCACGAUCACCAGCAUCAAAUUCCAUUCCGAUGCAGCUCCUAAGCUCGAGAAAAUUGUAUGGUCCUUCACCAAGAUGGAGUCUCUCUCUGGAAUCAAGAAUCUCCCUGUUCUGAAGGAGCUUGUGCUCAAGGGUGAUGGAAACAUCAUCCAGGAUCAGGUGAGUAAAGACAUUGCGGAUCAGUUGAGUAAAGACAUUGCAGAACACCCAAACUUUCCUGUACUUAUACGCAAUCCACCACAGAAUUGA